AUGAACCGCAGGACCUUGGCGUUCCGGGGGGGAGGCCUGGUCAGCGCCGCCGCCGCAGUAGGAGGCGGCGGCCCGAAAGCUAACGGCAACAGUGACCCGGGCGAGGCGUGGGUCCGCCAGGAGGCAGAGCAGCUGAACGGCCAGGGGGUGGAGGAGGAAGUGGAGCUGGAGACGGUGGAGCUGGAGGUGGCAGCGCUGGAGGCCCCGGACGCCGCCGCCGCCGGGAAGGAGCUCCUGCUCUUGCCCACCGCUCCCGCGGACUCGGCCACUGCCGCCCCGGCCGGCCCCAUGUUCGCCGAGAGGAACCGCCGGACCCUGGCCUUCCGCGGCGGGGGCUCGUCGUCGGCGAACAAUAGCUGCAAGGUGGCGGGGGCGGCCUGGCCGCGGCGGCCGCUGAACGGGCGGGGGGGCGGCGGUGUCGGUGUCGGGGCGGCGGAGGAGGAGGAGUUGGAGCUGGAGGGCCUGCUGGAGGGGAAGGAGCUGGUGCAGGACGGCGGGUCGCUGAGCGACAGCACCGAGGACGAGGAGGACGGCGAGGGCGGCAGCCUGGGCGAUGGCAGCGGCGCCGAGGGCGGCAGCUGCAGCAGCAGCAGGCGGUCCGGGGGGGACGAGGCGGAGGUCAGCAGCCUGGGCGCGGGGGAGGGGGAGAGCAUCCAGCACUUCCCGCUGGCGGCCCGGCCCAAGUCCCUGCUGCAGAAGCUGCACGUCUCCUUCCAGGGCGCCUGGCUCAAGGAGUUCCCCUGGCUGCAGUACUGCCAGCAGACCGGGCUCAUGUCCUGCGCCUGGUGCGCCGCCGCCGCCGCCGCUGCCGCUCUCUCCGCGGACGGCGGCAGCCGUCACAGCAGCAGUUGUGGGGGCCACGACGAGCUUUGCAAGGGCACCCGCAACUACAAGCGAACCCUACUUCUCAGGCAUCAUGUUUCUGCUGAGCACGGACUCAACGAGCCUGUCAGCGCCGAGCAGGAAUCAGAAAGACCAUCAGAACUGGCUAAUGAAAGCGAUUGUGAUUAUAAUGUUAGGCCAAAUGAGAACUCUUACUGCUAUCAACUCUUGCAAGAAUUAAAUGAGCAGAGAAAGAAGGGCAUUCUCUGUGAUGUCAAUAUUGUGGUGAGUGGAAGAGUCUUCAGAGCCCACAAAAAUAUCCUGGUUGCAGGCAGCCGUUUCUUCAAAACUCUGUAUUGCUUUACAAACAAAGAAAGCCGUAACCAAACCACUGUUACCUACUUAGAUGUUGUUGCUGUUCAAGGAUUCUCAGUCAUCUUGGACUUCUUAUAUUCUGGUAACCUUGUGCUUACAAGCCAGAAUGCUAUUGAAGUAAUGUCAGUUGCCAGCUACCUUCAGAUGACAGAGGUUGUCCAAUCCUGUCGAAAUUUUAUCAAAGAUGCCUUAAAUAUAAGCAUAAAAUCAGAAGCUCCAGAAGCUGUAGUUGUGGAUUACAAUAGAAGGUCGGUUAGUAGGGAUGGAUUGUCAUCAAGGGAUCAGAAAGUUGCUAGUUUCUGGGCAACAAGAAAUCUUACUAACUUGGCAAGCAGUAUAAAAACUGAGAAUGAUGGCUACUGCAUUGAUGAAGGCCAGUCUGAAAACUACCAAAUCAAUGAUUGGGUCCAGGACAGCUCUCCUGAAAUGGCUGAAAAUGAGUCUCAGGGUGAAGGGAAAGUCUUUGUAUGGAAUGAUAUGAGUUCACAAGGACAGUUUUUUCAAGAACCUGGGAAAACAAGAAGGAAAAACCAAACUACGAAAAGGUUUAUUUACAAUGUACCACCCAAUAAUGAAGAAACGUUAGAAGAACGCUCGACUCAAACAUCAGUCCAGUACCCAGAAGAUCUGCAGUUCAUUAAAGAAGAAGCAGGUACUUCUAAUGAUUUCAAGUUUGGAAUGUUUCCUGCUAUCUCAAAUGAUUUCAAGUUUGGAUUGUUGCCAGGUACUUCAAAUGAUUUCAAGUAUGGAUUGUUACCUGAAUCUUGGCCAAAGGAAACCUGGGAAAAUGGUGACUCAUCCUUAAUCAUGAACAAACUGAAGUGUCCACAUUGUAACUACGUAGCCAAAUACAGAAGAACACUAAAGAGACACUUGCUCAUUCAUACAGGAGUGAGAUCUUUCAGCUGUGACAUUUGUGGAAAGCUAUUUACUCGAAGAGAACAUGUGAAGAGACAUUCCUUGGUUCACAAAAAGGAUAAAAAGUACAAAUGUAUGGUAUGCAAGAAGAUAUUCAUGCUAGCAGCCAGUGUUGGAAUAAGACAUGGAUCUCGACGCUAUGGUGUUUGCGUUGACUGUGCAGAUAAAUCUCAAUCAGGAGGGCAAGAGGGAGUAGACCAGGUUCAGGACACAGAUUUUCCAAGAGAUGAAGAGUUUGAGGAAAAUGAAGUGGGAGAGGCUGACGAAGAACUGCCUGAAGAUGUAGAAGAACAGAAUGACCAGACCCGAUGGGAUGAAUCUGGGGAAAUCUGCGUGCCUUUAGAAGACUGACAGGGCAAGAUGGCCUUCCAGAUGCUUUAUUUGGACAUCAUAUGGAUUGACCAUGUAGAUUUCUUGACUGAAGGCUUGGAAAACAUGGUACAGGCUGGAUGGAAGUUAUGUUGCUGUGAAAAUUGUAGGGUCAAAGCCUUAUAGCAAAAAAGGAUUAUUAAUUUUUUAAAGAUAU